GCCAGCUAGUGCCCUUUAAAGUGGGCUUUCAACUUUAGUCAUGUGAGAUGCAGUUCCCUCCACUGUGAAGAACACAGCAUUCAGGGUUACAUCUAGAAGCCUGAGUCACCAUGGCUUCUGCUAACUUGCUUUGGAGUUUCUCAAGUUCCAGAAUCACAGAAGAUACUUUUCUAUUUAAACUUCAGGGACCGUGGUGACAUUCUGCUCGGCGCCGCGGGCAGGCCAGAGCCUCGGGUGAGAAAGAGAGGGCACCGUGCAGAAGCCAUCGCCCCCUGCAGAGCCGCCAGCGCGUCUGGAUGGAAGGAGCUGCGACCCCAGACACAGGCUCGAUGGAGGCUUUCGCCCUCCCGGGCCUGCUCUUCACCAUCACCCUGCUGCUCCUGGCCCUGUGCCUCCUCACCCAGCGCACCAGGCGACCUGGUGAACCUCCCCUGAUAAAAGGUUGGCUUCCUUAUCUCGGCAUUACUCUGAAGCUCCAAAAGAACCCGUUAGCUUUCAUAAAGACUCUCCAAAGGAAAUACGGCGACACAUUCACCGUUCUGCUUUCAGGGAAGUAUAUAACGUUUGUUCUGAACCCUUUCCAAUACCAUCUCAUAAUGAAAAAUCCCAAACAAUUCAGCUUUAAGGAGUUCAGCAGACAAUUAUCAUCGAAAGCCUUCUCCAUCAAGAAGCUGAAAACAGACAAUGACCUUAAUGAAGACAUUCACAGAGCCUACCUGUUUCUUCAAGGCAAAGCUUUGGACAGUCUCCUAGAAAGCCUGAUCCAGGAACUAAAAGAAAUCCUUGAGCCCCAACUACUAAAAACCACAGACUGGAAUACAUCAAGACUCUUUCCGUUCAUUAGCUCACUGGUAUUUGAGACCACAUUUUCGACUAUAUAUGGAAAACUUCUUGCUGGUAACAGGAAGAAAAUUAUCAGCGAGUUAAGAGAUGACUUUUUAAAAUUCGAUGACAUGUUUCCAUACUUAGUAUCUGAUAUACCCGUUCACCUUCUAAGACAUGUGAAAUCUAUGCAGGAGAAACUUAUAAGAUGCCUCACGUCAGAAAAACUAGAUCAGAUGCAUGGAUGCUCAGAAGUUGUUCAGGAAAGGAAAGAGAUUCUGGAAAAACACUAUGAGCGUGAAGACUUAGAAAUAGGAGCACAUCAUCUUGGCUUUCUCUGGGCCUCGAUGGCAAACACCAUUCCAGCUGUGUUCUGGGCAGUGUAUUAUCUUCUUGGGCACCCAGAAGCUGUGGAAGCGCUGCGUGACGAAAUUGACAGCUUCGUGCAGUCAACAGGUCAAAAGAAAGGGCCUGGACUUUCCAUCCACUUCACCAGAGAACAAUUGGACAGCUUGGUCUGCCUGGAAAGCACGGUCCUCGAGGUUCUGCGGCUGUGCUCACACUCCACCAUCGUCCGAAAAGUUGAAGAGGAUAUGAAUUUCAACUUAGAGACUAGCAACUACUGCCUACGAAAGGGAGACUUUGUGGCUGUCUUUCCUCCCAUCCUGCACAUGGACCCAGAAGUCUUUGAGGCUCCAGAGGAAUUUAGAUUUGAUCGAUUCCUAGAAGACGGCAAGAAGAAAACAACGUUUCUCAAGGAAGGGAAAAAGCUGAAGUAUUACGUUCUGCCAUUUGGAUUUGGAGCCAGCAAAUGUCCAGGCCGAUAUUUUGCAAUUAUUGAAUUAAAGCUACUAUUGGCUAUACUUUUAACUUAUUUUGAUUUAGAAAUAAUUGACAAGGAGCCUGUAGGACUAAACUACAGUCGUUUGUUGUUCGGUAUUCAGCAUCCCAAUUCUGAUGUCUCAUUCAGGUACAAGGCAAAAUCUUGGAAAAGCUGAAAGGACGGCAGAGAAACUUACCAGAGUGAAGCUACGUGCGCUGAGCUCUGUGGUUUGUUGUACUCCUGCAAAUGCAACAGCUAUGCUUCUUUGUUUGAAAAUGGCAAAUUUAUAUUUGAUCUAAGAUUGAUUCAGUUUGUUCUUAGUCACAAAACCUAUCAUAAGAUAAAGCAGGGCGGUGGCCUAAAAAAUGUCAGGGCAGUCAUUUCAGGGUAAGUUUAAAGUAACAAUUUCCACUUUGUACUUACUGUGCUUUUUAUCAUUCGUCGUGAAUGUGUUUUUCCAGUAAUAAAUUUGGCCUCUGGGUGAUUUUUCUUAAGUUACCGAAAUCCUCUACUAGGAUUUUAUGUGCUGUUGGAAAAGUGUGUCUUUGGACAGCCGAACAACUUCCAAAUUCUCAGAAGAGAAAGAAAUUAAUUCCCAGGAGUUACACUGUAUGAAAUGUCCCCUUCAAGUGGAGUAUCAAUAAUGUCUAUAUUACCAGCGUACCUUUGCAUUAAAUGAGUGUUAGAAUAGAUUAAAUGUUCCAACUUCCCUUCAAUAUUUAACUGCCCAUAAAUGAUUUUUAUAACUUGUGUAUUCUACAUUUCAAUAGAACAAAAUUUCUUGUUAUACAAAAGCCUUUCAUGUUCAAGUUAGAUACUGCUAAAAUUUAACAUAUAAGAAAACACAAAACGUAGUACAUAUUCAGCAAUUGCUCUAGACAUUAGUAUUAGGUUUAUUUUAGAGGGAAAUGUUGAAGUCAUUAUAGCAUUGAUGGUAGUAUUGCUCUUUAGAAUAAACUGUGUUAUUCUAAUUAUAAUAAACUCUUUAAUAAAUG